CAACAAACACUGAAAUAUAAUCAACAAUCAGCUGGUACAGUGUUAUUGGGAUAUGAACUUUUGAAGGAGAGCAAUUAUUAAUUCGAGUUAGGAGGAAGUAUUAAAUAAAGAUAAAUACUUCGUUUUAAACUAAGUAUAUAAUAUUCAGACUAUUCUCAAAGCAGUAUUAUGGCUUACCUUUGCAGGAGUUUUAUUGGUGCCAACAGUUUAAUACGGACUUCAGUAUGCCAGUACCCAUUAUUACAGUGUCGGCCAGUUGUCAUGAAAGUGAGUGCUGCCAAGCCUGAAGCAGCCGAGGGCCACGAUGAACGGAACAUGCGUCUGAAGCGACCUCUAUCCCCCCACUUGCUGAUAUACAAACCACAACUUACCUCCAUGUUGUCUAUCACACAUCGCAUGACAGGUUGCGCUCUCUCAGUCUACGCCCUCACCUUUGCCGCACUGUCUCUCUCUCCUGGCAAUUUCCCACACAUGGUGGAGGCUGUCCAGAGCAUGCACAUUCCAGCUCCCAUAAUCUUCUUCGGGAAAAUGAUCCUGUCUCUUCCAGUGGCCUACCACUUGUGCAAUGGUGUCAGGCAUCUGGUGUGGGACUUUGGAAAGGCCCUGACCAUUAAGGAUGUUUACACAACCGGCUACGCCAUUUGUGGGGGAACUGCUCUCCUUACUAUAUUUUUCGCUUCUCUUUGAAUUCUUUUGUUGUCACAUUGUACAGUGAAACGCUACAUACUAAUUUGUAAAAAAUAUGAUCUGCUGUAAAUAUCUUGCUGCAAUAUUCACUAAGCAAUCCCUCGUGUAGAACAUUGUAGCCACUGCAAUAAUUUAUUGUGAAUAAAAAGUCGAACAACGAA